GGUGGUGGUGGUGGUGGAGAAAGUGGUGGAGGAGAAGAAGAAGAAGAAAAAGAAGAAGCAAGGUGCUGGUGGACGACGCCUCUCGAGUCUUCUUCUUCGAGCACCACCGAGAUAUCAACUUUGUCGUCGGUACAGCAUGAAGGCAGAUAGUGACGUCAAGUGAAGGAAAGGGGGGCAAGAAGAAGAAGAAGAAGAAGAAAUAAGAGUAAUUAAUACUACACAACAGCGCUUCGUGAAAAAUAACGCAUGCACCGGCGAAUGAAAACUGGGAGAAAAGGCUGAACCUCUGGGGUGUAAAUCAGAGAAGUAAUAAUAAUAAUUAAAAAAAAAAAAAUAAAAAAAAAAAACAGAUACAAAUAAAGAAGAAGUAAAAACGCAACGGAUUACCCUAAAAAAAAAAAAGAAAAAAAAAGUUAGUAGAAUUAGUCGAAGAAUAUAAAGCGAAAGCAAGAAGGAAAGAGAGAAAGAGAGACACGAGAUACAUACUAACAAGCAAAGCAAGCAAGCACGCAUAACACAACCAACACACAUCUCUACACACGUAUACAAGGAAUAAAUAAAUAAAUAAAUAAAUAAAUAACAAAUAAUUAACACACAAUUUUCGUGAUAACGCGUGAAAAAGUGAGAGUGAGACAAGUGUGAACGAGAAAAGAAGAAAAAGAAAUAGAGAAGGAUAGAUAUAGAUAAUUGUGUAUUUGUGUGGUACAAAAGUAUAAGAGAGAAAGAGAUAGUAGGAGGUAGCGUGUGUGAGAGUAAAAAAGAAAAAAAAAACAAACAAACAACCAACCAACCAACAACAAAAACUAGUGCGUGAAAGAAGGGUAGAAAGGGUUAAACAAGCGGAAAAGUUAAACAGACGAAUACAUUAAAAAUACAGAAAACAAGUGAAGAAUAAGAAUAAGAAUAAGAGAAUAAGCCGAAGCCGAAAGAAAAGAAGUCGUGGGCGUGCGAGAGCGUGUAAAUAAGAGCUAUUUUUUCGUAUGAUAAAGAAAGAGGAAGAGAGGGUGGUGGUGAUAGGGUUAGCAGUUAAAAUAAACACGUGGAAAGAAAGAAGAAGAAGAAGAAGAAGCCAAAGAGGAAUAGAAUACGUUCGAUGAUCCUUCAACGAAUUAUCUGAGGAAGAGGAAGAGGAGGUGGAGGAACAAAAAAGGAAAAGAAGGAAGAAGAAAAAGAGGAGGAGGAGGAGGAGGAAGAGGAAAAGGAAAAGAAGAAGAAAAAGAAGUAAAAAUAAGACGAAAAAGGGACAAAUAAUACGACGAGUCUUUUUCGAAUAUAAUACAAAUAUCCUUUUCCUUUCGAUGCACUUCUAUUAUUCGUUUUUAUUUCUCUUACCGAGGAUUCAUUUUUUCUCAUAGAGAGAAAAGGAAAGAAAAAAUAAGAUAGAAACUGAUAAGGAAAUAUCAGAGUUGUUGAUAGGGGAAGAAUUUACUUUGACGAAUUUUUUCUUUUUGCUGGUACCAUAGAAGAGAAAAGAAAAAAAAGAAAAAGAAGAGGAGAAAGAGGAGGAGGAGGAAGUGGAAUAGUAGUAGUUGUAGUAGUAGUAGUAGUAAUAAUAAUAAUAAGUUGACGUACGUACACGGUGGUGGGUAACAGUGCUCUGGUGGUGACUGUUGUGGGUGGUGAUUGUGUCUGGUGAGAUAAAGAUAGAGUAAAGGGGUAAAAAAAAGGAGGAGGAAGAGGAGGAGGAGGAGGAGGAGGUGGUGGUGGGCGGGGGGAGGAGGGGGAAGGAGGACAGUCGAGCGGUAUCGAGAGGGCAGCCGUGCCCCAUGUUGUGAGCGUUUGAGGACUGCCGGGGGCAGAAGUGAAAGGGUGGGAAGGGUGGUGCCGCGGGCAUGGAGUAUGGAGGCGGUGGCGGGGGCGGUGUGGGACGUGGGGGUGUCCAACCACCCUCCGCAGGUGCGAGGAGCAUCGCAGGCACCGACACUAUCGACGCUCUCGACGCGUGGCACAAAAACGAACAAAGGAUCCUCAUGGAGUCCAGGCACAAGCAACAAUUGAGCGGUCGGACGGGGACCGGAGGGGCGCCCUUGUACGGGCGAUUGGUCGCCGAGGAGCCCAUGCCCCCGACGGUAUGCGGCGGGGGUGGUGGCGGAGGUGGUGGGGGUGCCGGUGGGGUUCAGCAGGAGACAGCCACGGACAUCCACGCCAUGCAGGCCAGGAUACCCCACAGAUUCCGCGAUCCAGCGACGGCACCCCUAAGGAAACUCAGUGUCGAUCUUAUCAAAACCUACAAGCACAUCAACGAGGUUUAUUAUGCGAAGAAGAAGAGAAGGGCACAGCAGAUGCAGGGAGAAGAUGGUUCGCAUAAAAAAGAAAGAAAGCUUUACAAUGACGGUUGGGAUGACGACAACCACGAUUACAUUAUCAAGAAUGGGGAAAAGUUCCUCGAUCGAUAUGAGAUCGACUCAUUAAUAGGUAAAGGCAGUUUUGGCCAAGUAGUAAAAGCAUUUGACCACGAAGAGCAAACGCAAGUGGCAAUAAAAAUCAUAAAGAAUAAAAAACCUUUUCUAAAUCAAGCCCAAAUCGAAGUUAGGUUGUUGGAAAUGAUGAACAGGGCGGACACAGACAACAAGUAUUAUAUAGUUAAACUGAAGAGGCAUUUUAUGUGGCGAAAUCACUUAUGUUUGGUAUUCGAAUUGCUAUCGUAUAAUCUCUAUGACCUACUUAGGAAUACAAAUUUUCGGGGUGUGUCGUUAAAUUUGACAAGAAAAUUUGCACAGCAAUUGUGUACUGCCCUCUUGUUCCUGUCUACGCCGGAAUUGAACAUCAUUCACUGUGAUCUGAAACCCGAGAACAUUCUUUUGUGCAAUCCCAAACGAAGCGCGAUAAAGAUAGUCGACUUCGGUAGUUCGUGUCAACUUGGCCAGAGGAUAUAUCAGUAUAUCCAGUCCAGGUUUUACAGAUCUCCAGAAGUCCUCUUAGGAAUACCAUAUGACCUCGCGAUAGACAUGUGGAGUUUGGGAUGUAUUUUGGUAGAAAUGCACACAGGAGAACCUUUGUUUAGUGGGGCCAAUGAGGUCGAUCAAAUGAACAAAAUUGUUGAAGUAUUAGGCAUGCCACCAAAACGUAUAUUGGACCAAGCGCAUAAAGCGCGGAAAUACUUUGACAAAGUCCCCACGGACGGCUCGUACGUGCUGAAAAAGUCCAAAGACGGUAAAAAGUAUAAACCUCCUGGUACAAGGCGGUUACACGAAAUUUUGGGCGUUGAAAGUGGCGGUCCUGGUGGUAGAAGGAUAGGUGAACCUGGUCACUCGAUCUCUGACUACCUCAAAUUUAAGGACUUAAUUCUACGAAUGUUGGAUUUUGAUCCAAAGACGAGAGUUACGCCAUACUACGCGCUUCAGCACAAUUUCUUUAAAAGAACAGCCGAUGAGGGGACCAACACGAACAUUGCUGCUGCGAAUAGUGCAAAUACAAGUCCAGCAGUGGUGUCAAUGAGCCAGGAUCAUGGACUGGUAACCAUGUCAGGACAGGGCAGCAGCAGCAGCGGUAGUCUGAUGCAAGUGUCAAGCCUCCCUGGUAGCUAUCAACCCAUGGAAUGUGAGGCUUCACCUCGUCAUUCAAGUAGUCGGCGCGGCAUAACAACAGGCUAUCCAUCAACAUCAGCCACUGGGGUGUCUGCGUCCACUUCGAUGUCCAUGCAGCCCAUGGACAACUCGCUGAUACCAAGCUCUCUUGGAUCGUACAAUAGCCUAAUUCUACCUGGUAUACCCCAUCUGCCUGCGAUGAUGACUUCACCAAUGAUACAGCAGCAAAAUUUCUAUAAUUAUGGUUACUCGACGACAGAUUCACAUGGGAUGGUUAGACAGCCGUCGACGGUUUCAACCGGUAAACAGAGAGAUCCGGAAAGGGAAGAUAGCCCUAUGGUUGGGGUGUGCGUCCAACAAAGUCCAGUCGCUAUCCAUUGAAUUAGAAAAGGAAAUAACGGAGGACAAUACACAUGUUACGAUCGUGAGACCGUAGAUAACUAUUAAACGGUUACGAAUCGAGCUCAUGGCAAAUUUAGAGUAUUGUCGUGGCGUCAAUGAAGAAACGAAUAAAACUAGGAAAGGAAAACGUACAGCUUGAAGUCGUCCCCAAACAUUAGUUUAUCAAGUACCAAGACAAGUAGUGUAAUAUUAUUGAUCACUAUGACAGUGAACCCUAUAGCUUUUCGGAAUUGGUUUGACUGAUCGACGUAGAGAAGAAGAAGAAUGAUAAAAAUAAGAAGAAGAAUAAGAAGACGAUGACGAUGAAGAGAUAGUAGGACAAAAAAUGGAAACAAAAAAAAGAAAAGAAAUUACAUGGAAAAACGUAUUCCAAAGCAAAUCACAAACGAAGCCUUUGUCUCUGAACCAAGAGAUUACCAGAAUGGAGACGUACUUUAAGCGCGAUAACAUUUAAUGACGCCGUGAAGAUACUGAUAAGUAGGAAAAAGCUAAGAAAAGGAAAAGAACGAGGGUAACCUCUUUUUCUGUUACUUUUUUUACAAGCUGACUGGCCCUAUAUUGGGCAUGGAUAUAUAACUAGCACAGAAGAUUUAUGAAACUUUUCGAGCAUGGACAGACAGUUAUGGUCUAGUGAGGAUGAACCCAGCUGGCCUCGUGGGUCCUGCCCGAUUCUGUAGACACUUUGAACAGUUUAGUCGAUACAACAUUAAGAAGAAAAAGAAGAAAGAAGAAAAAAAAAACAAAAACGUUCGGUACUCAAACUGUGUGGCCUAGCGAGCGAAAAAGUGAUAAUUACUAUUAUUACCGCGUAAAAAGAAGGAAGUCGUAAGAAUUACCAAUUUAAGCAUGUACCAUCAUACAGUUUUAUACACCAUGUCACGAAUGUAAACGGUUAGGAAAUAAUUGCGAGCAAACAGUUAGGAAAUAAUUGCGAGCAAACAGUUGUGUCGAAUGCUGGCUAUUUGUACAAUACACUUAGGUGAAUGAUAAGAGUGCAGCUUUAGAGUUUAGCUUGUAAGUGUGAGAGGAGGUAACACAGACAUUGUUAACACAAUUCUUUUUAUUUACUUUGAUGAAAAAUGAGGAUAUUGCAAACGUCAGUUUGUUGCUAAAGAAGGACUUUAAACAAACGGGGUUUGCGCAGCUUAACAACAAUACAUCAUAUUUAUACAUAAAAACAGUAAUAAGAAAGCUUACAAAAGCAGUAUACACGUAAGAGCGAUCAAGAAUGGUAUAAUCAUACGAAAAACCUAGGUACUUUAUAAUAAACAAUACGCGCGUAUUCACAUACACAUGUUUCCAAUGCUAAUCGUCAUUGAUUUUUGCCGUUUGCUCUGAUGAUCAUUUAUUUCUUAUCGCAUGAUAUAGGUUUGAAUUAUUUUCAAGUUGUCAGCUUCACUUUUGUCGUGUUCUUUUAAAAGAAAAAGGAUUCCUUCCAAUCGAUUACUUUUAUGUGAUUUUAAUUUCGUAUAAAGACUACGAGUGUUCAUGAUAAAUAUAUAUAUAUUUAUAUACAUAUAUGCACGCAUAUACAACAUACAUAUAUAUAUACAUAUAUAUAUAUAUUUAUGCUGCAAGAAAACGCGUUCAAUAUUACUGAUUCUACUAAAUUUCAAUUGCCGCGAGUGUAUUUCUUGAAUACACUACCAUUUGUAGGUGUAGUAUAGUACCUGAUGGCAGACUAAAUGCAAUUGAAGUAGUAAGUCUUUAUACAGCGCAGAUGUGACCGGCAACAAUAUAAAUUUUAAUAAUCAUCACUAAUGUAUAUUAUAAAAAGAAGGAGUCCUAGUGAAUUAUACAUGUUGCUUAUCAUCUUCGUUGAAAAUAGCAAGCAGUAAAAAUAUUUUUAUAUGGAAACAGCUUAAUUGUAUCAAUAUCUUCAUAAUCGUCUCUCGAUCGGUAGCCUACGAUGCAUUAUGAGAUAGAUAAAGAUGUGGCAAUUUGUCUUUCUUCCAUUUUCUAUCGAUAUUAGUCACAUAUACAAAUAUUACAUUUUGCUUUCAUUUUUGCGACGCAAAAUGUAAUUUAUACAAAGGGGAAAAAAAAGACAAAUUUACUUCGAAUAUCGCAUUAUGUAAGAAUAAAAGCUACAUGUAUAAUUCAUUAAUCAUUUUUGAUCUUAUGUCAUUGUCAUUAUCAUUGUCAUUUUUUUUUUCCUUCAUUUUAUUUCUCUUUUAUACAUUUCGUUGCGAUGUGUUCCUUUAAUAGGUUCUUCUUUUUUUAUUCUUAUAUUAUAAAAUCUGCAAUAUAUAUCAAAUAGUAGUCUUAAAUAAUAUUUCCACUGUAUGAUUGUGACUGUUGACAAAAAAGAGCUUGACCUAAAAAAAAAAAAAAAUGAUGAUAGAUAACUGGAAUUCCUAGCACUGCAUUUGAAAAAGACAUACAUAUAUCUCAUAGCCAAGUUCGAAUCCAAAAAAUUCAUUUUGUAUUAGUUGUUAAUGUAUAUGAAACAUAAUACACACAGUCUUCAGUAGUUGAUAGAAAUGAUAUAUUUUAUCAGCUAUUCUGUCUGCUGCGAAUUAUUUUAAUCAUGCAGACUUUGAAAUGAUUUGUAUAUUUUUAUACAGCUGCAAUCAGAAAUUCUCAGAAGUACAUUUUUGACAUAAGCACAUUAGCAUUUUCAAGUUAAACUUGAAGGUUCACGUUCAUCGUACCCGCGCAUCGACUCUUAUUAGUUAUUAAAUGAAAUAAACAUUUUUAACGAUAGACACGUACAUAAAUAUAAUUAAGUCCUGCUUGUAACUCUUGAAUUUCUACGAUUCCUUGGGUAUAUAUUUAAAAGAAAGAAAAGAAAAAAAACAAACAAAGAAAGAAAGAAAGAAAGAAAAAAAAACCACGAAAGUGAAAUGAGUCCAUGUCGUGAUUAGGGACGAUUUUGAAAAUGAUUCGAAAUAAUAAGAUAAAAAAGAAAAGAUACGAAAUAAUAAUAAAAAGUAAUAAAAAAAAAGAUUCGAUGACAUUACCUAGAAGAGGAUACAACAUCGUAGCAGAAGACGUUUCGUCAAAAGAUCGAAAGCAGUUAUUAUAUUCUCGCACAAUACAUGCAGGUCACGACUAAGUGUAUCGUAUCUGAGAGCAUUAAUAACUUUUUAGUAAUUUCAGCAGUACAAGCUGUACGUGGUGUUUGAUCUAUCAGAAGUAAAGAGAUUUACUCGCGAGGCGUGUAGGAUUUUCUGUGACAAAUUCUAACGUUCUCUCGAUCUCACUAAACGGCAAAAAUCAGUACACUCUAUAAAUAUAGAUAAUGUGUGAUUUCACACGUGCCCUCUUCCGAAUCCAUGUUGUUAGUCACUGUGCUCAUUAGUCCUUUAUUAUGACAAUGAAAUUAAUCAGUAUAUUCAACAAUUUUUUUUAAACAAUUUCACUGCUGUAUCGUAUGUCUUUUAAUCCGUAUAGCCUUACACCAAAUCAACAAAAUUCGACUGAAAUAUUUCUUGACGAAAUUAUUUUAUUAUUUUAACGUUGAUAAUAGCGAUGGAUGAUCUGUACCGUACCGAGAUUUCAUAAUUAUUUACAAACUUUUACAACAUAAACGUCACAGACAUUAUGUAUUUUAUCCAUACAAUUGAAUAAAGCUAAAGACGAAAUAAAAUAAAAUAAAAUAUAAAAUAAAAUAAAAUAAAAUAAAAUAAAAUAAAAUAAAAUAAAACAAAACAAAGAAACAUACUGUACAGUAUCGAAUGCAAAAAAAAGUAAUUAUGACCCCUAAUUUUUUCCUGACCGACUUGUGGGCACAGUGCCACCUUUGGCAAUGCAUCGAAGCAUUUUCUUUUUUGACGAUUGUUGACUUUAACUGAAUAAUUACUAUUGUUUAUCUGUAUCAAAGUGAUUGGCUAUAUAUAUGGGCUAUAUAAUAUAACUUUUAGUGAAUUUAAGAAGAGAACUAGUUAAACAAAAAAAAGGCGAUUGCUGUCGAGAUUUAAAUUUAGAGACAAUUUUUUCGGGAAAGGGGGGGGCGCAGUUCGAACAAUUCCUGUAUUGGAGAAGCAUCUCGACGUGAUUCUAUAAGAAUAAAUGAAUGGGAGAGAAAGAAUGAGUAAGAGAUAGAUUGAAUGAUGAAUGAAAGAAAGAAUGAAUGAAUGUAUGAAUGAAUGAAUGAAUGAAUGAAUCAGAAUGAGAAAAAGACAGUAAGAAAGAGAGAGAGAGGGUGAGAGAGAGUGACUGAGUGGUGGAUUAAUGUGGAAAAAUGGAAGAACUGUUAGCGAGCGUGCAGGAUGGCGCUAUACGAACACAAAUUCUUAAUGAUGGAACAAAAUUCCUAAUCACAGACGAUAUCAUAUUGUGAUGCAUAUAUUAUACAUAUAUAAUUAAUUUUUCUUUCCUGUAGAAAAGCAUCUUUAUCAAUAUUGAUUUUAAAAUUGCUUAUCAUAAUUCAUUGUAUCUUUGACACGUGCGCAUUAUUUAUUGACAAUUAUUAAUUAAUUAUAACCCCUGGAAAAAAGAAAUUUGUCCACACUCAACAAUUGUCGCAAAAUGCAGAAUAUUUAAGCCAAUUAGCAAACCACAGAGAUCUAUACACUUACAUAGAAGUAAGAGCUAGCCGUAAUUCAUGUUCCAAAUGAUUUGCUUUUCGUACUUUAUAAAUGCUUGCCAGAUAAAUAAUUUUACAUCAAGUACAGUCGUAUUUUUUUUUCUUUUUUUUUUCUAUUUUCUUUCUUGGUUCGUCAUAUAGUCAUUAUUACAUAUACACCAUCGAAGGGUAAGGAAAACGCGUGUAAACUGUUCUUUAUAGUCAUCUCACUUUAUUAUAUCCCAUUAAAAAGCAUGCAGAAUGACAAAUGACUCUCAUGAAAUAAAUAAAUAAAUAAAUAAAAAAAUAAAAAAAAAAAUUCGCCAAGCAUUAAAGCAAAAAUCAAAUCUUCCCAUAUCUCGAAAAUAAUUUAAAAAGGAAAAUACACAAAAUAAAUAAUUAAAUAAAUAAAUAAAAAUCAACCGUUCUUCACCUACAUCUAAUUUUAAUUUUCGCAAUCACAGUGAGGAGAUUAAUACACCUCUUGUGCCUCUUAUAGCCAUUAAAAAAAAAAAAAAUCUUUCUUCCGUGUGCAUUGCUUGUAUUUUAAAUAAUCUUUUUAGAAAUACGAAGGGAGAGAGGGGCGUGUUUUUUGUGCCCAAAGAUAUAAAAAAAAAAAAAGAAAAAAAAAGAAAAAAAUAUGAUUGAACGACGUUGACGAAAAAGACUUUAUUAAUUUGUAUAAACGAUGAAAAAAAUAAAACUUAAUUUCUUUAUGGAAUCUUUGGAACAUGUUGCGGCCGGAGUAAAAUAACAUAAGUUUCCUAACGUCAUGUGUGAAAACAUUGUGUUCAGAAAAAUAUGCUAUAAUACGACUGAUAUAUACCUGAAUGGCUGCAUGCGGGCGUCUUUUGAGAAUUGGGCAUGUCAAACAAUGUCUUGAUAUUCUCCUUCGGCGAUGGCAUGUACCAAUUGGGUUUAAAAAAAAAAAAAAA